GCGUUUAAACAGUGUAAACGAAAAAAUGGAUCCUGUCGCAGCAGCCAAAGCCUUUGUCAAGGAUACACUGUCCGUAGAAUUUGUCCAGGACAAAUCUGACCUGCUGAACAAAAUCGUCAGAGCCUUCUUCGAGAAGGUACCGUUCCAGAACAUUUCUACGAGCAUUCUUCCCCCCGAGCAACGCUUUCCGACUGAGCAGGUGGUGAUAGAGAAUGGUAUCAGCUUGAAGGGCGGGCUGAACAUCCACAACAAUUGGUUCCUCAAAAUUUUGCUCGAAGCGCUCAGCUACAAGGUUGACUUCGUGGCGGCGAGCAUCGCACAUCCCCCAAAGUCCAACAACAAGAGGCCGAGACGCUUCGGAAAUCAUUGCGCCAUCUUGGUUCGAGACCUGGGGAAACUCGGCGAUCUUCACCUCGUCGAUGUCGGCUCUGGUUACCCCGUCUUCAAGGCUGUUCCCCUCGACCACCUUCCCUAUACGGCGACUGACGUCACUUUGACUUACAGAUUCAUCGAAGAAUGCGGACAAUGGCACAGCGAGCACAAGGAUGCGGACAGCGAUACGUGGACACGAUUCGCGACGUACGACAAGGUGGCGUUGCAGACGAGUCCUGCGGAAGCGUUCAAAGGCCCAGUCGAGGAGCUUUUUCAGGAGGAUUGGCUCGUCGCCGGCGUCACGGCCGUCCGCUACCCGCAGCCGGGGUCAUCGGCCAUCCCGGAUGUCCCGGACUUCAACAGGGACUACGACUACGUCCUCCGCGUAGUUGACGACAAGAUCACCUUCAGGAACAGCUCGGGAUACACGUGGGAAGAACCGGUACCGGAGGACCAACUCGUCCCCGUGUUUCAAACCUACUUCCCAACCGUGCCGAAGGAUCAGGUUCAACGAAAGGUUCAGAUCCUUUCGGAAGAGGCUGCUAAGCGCAAAUACUGAGUCGAGUCAAGAGCCGUCAUUCAAUUUUGAACACAUUUCGAUGAUGCUGCGUUGCG